GAACAGAACGCCACGGUUUCUACUGUGACGUCGUUGGCCGCCGAAAGCGAAGUCCAUAUCUCUACACUUAUCCGUGAAUUGAUGGGACUGCCGAUCGUUCAAACUUUAAACGAUUUCGAACUUAAUUUUGGGAAACAAAAGCAAAGUGAAUUACCUUUAACAUCAAUUUCUGACAGCAGAGAGAUCGAUGAAAAGUCAGUGAAAAAGUUAUCGUUGGAGGAAUACAAAAAAAGGAAGGGCACGACAAUUUCUGCGAAAGGUGGUAGCUGUAGCAGAACAAAUGCGUCGUCUUCAUUUAUUCCUGCAAAGAACGUAGACAGUACCGAUAUUAAUCAGGCCUCGGUUCAUCCGAGUGCCUUUCCGACUUUGUCCAUUGAUAAGUUAAGACGCCGUAGUUAUCGAGAAAGAGUACCUACUUCGAACACUGCUGCUUCAAAAUCAACAGAGCAGCCAAAUGUGACGCAAACAUCAUCGAGACAAACUUCAACUAAUGAAUUGCACCUGACCACGUCAGCAUCUUCGCCGCCUGCUUUACCAGUUGAAGUUAUUAAUUGCGAAUCUCGUUUGCCAUUGGAAGAUCCGUUGCGCCUUACACUUGGAUCUGAAGAGAGAAGCUCCGGCGGAGAUACUACUGUGGCAGUAUCGCCAGCAGCUCAGUCAGUGCCGUCGACCACUACUGACCAAUCAGCAAAUUUGCAGGAAAAUUCAGGCAUUUUUUCGGUUUUUUUUGGCACUUCGGUGUAUGUUAUUGUAGCAUGCUUUGCACAAAUAAGAUGUUUGGGUGGUUCAGAAAUGCUGGCAUGA